UGAAUUAUGUAUAAUGGUUCUUUUUGAAAAAUGUUUGCUUAAUUUUAUCAGAAAUAUGGGAACUCGAUUGCAAAUAAAUGUGACCCAGCCACUGAAUAUGGAUAUGAGAAAAUGGUGUUAAUAGUCGUUCGACUAUCCGGUAUUUAUUUAUUAUCUAAAGACGAUCCUAAUCAAUAUUCUGGGUUAAGAAUGUGAUUGUCCCACCCACUGUGACAAGUCGUGGUUAAAAUAACUGUGGUUUACGAAUUACCUUCAUCGUCGGGUUCAUUAUACAUUUUUAAUGCAUACCUACUGUCUCUACAUUAAAAUAGAAAUCUGGGACAUCCUAAAAAUUUUCCUUGGGAAAUAUUACUUUUUGCGCUUUCCGCUUUUCCGAAUUUCCCCGAGUGUAUUUAUUCGCCACCUACAGUUGAAAUCUUCCACUAAAUAUAUUCCCUGAAACGAAUAGUGUACUUUUAUGCUCCACCUUACCGAAUACUGAAUUUAUGAUCGCUAUUGAAACCUAGAUGGCAGCAGCAGUCUAGCAAGGUUAGAGCAGCUGUAAAAUGGUGGAUUAUACGGUAGUAAGAUUCAGAGGGCGGGGAGUUUACUAGGUGCUCGAAAUGAUAAGAGUGUCGUGUGUUUUUGAUAAUUUAAACGGUUUCAAGUUCGUGGUUUGAAUUAUUAAAGCAUCUAUAAAUGUUUUAACGAUAUAUCGUGAAACUGUUUUGGUGUUAAAUGUAGGUGUUGCAAGUGACAGCAGUAAUAAGAAGUAAACACUUUAAGCAUUCGUCUCUCUUUCUCGCACUUUAAAUGUACUAUCGUGCUGGUGAAAACGUGUUAAAAGCUUUAAAACACUGGACUAAUUUCCACAGCGUACCUACGUGUCAAAAUAAUUACUUGAAUGGUAAAAGUGAAAAAAAUUAAUUGAGAAUUGUGUGAUAAUAAGAAAGAAAAAUCGAUCCAGAUUAAUGCAUUAUCUCAGUAAGGAUAAGGGCGCAAGUUCAACCCUAUCACCACGUUGUUGCCAUGCCUUAAAGUAGAAUAUGUGGUUCAUAUAUUAUCGAAUAAAAAGUUAUUUAAUUAAUUAAUCCAAUUUUGAAAAGACUAUCAAAGAAAAACAUGGCAUAGUAGUGUAUGUAGGUGAAUACCUAAUCCUAAAUAGGAUGUUGCUAGAUUCCCUUUCUCUGAUGGUGACUAUACUCUCCUGAUAUUAACACAGCAGUAAAUCAAAUAAUAAAAUAUGCGUAUGUCAAUUCAUCGUGUUACGAAAACAUCUACUGCUAACACAAUGAUGCGAGUUCCCGUUAAGAAAAAAAAAGUCGAGGCUAAAGCGAUAGACUCCAUUUCUGAAACGAUUUCCUUUGUUAUCAAAGGUAAAUUAACGUCGCUUAAGCCAACUGUUUUAACUAAAAAACAGAUGAAAAUAAAAGCCAUGCCCAAUUCAUCUAAAAAAGUGAAAAUCACCAAAAGGAAAGAUAAACUCAUGAAAUACAAAAAAGUUCCCGAAAUGAAAAAAGCUAAUACGAAGAAGAAGGCCGAAAAGGAGAAGGAAUCUAUGUCUAACAUUGACAAACUAAUACAACAGAAACAAAGUCUUGAUGAACCUUCAGUGGCUGCCAAUAAAACAGGCAUAACUGAAAAAAAUAAAAAAGGGAAAGAAGGGAACUCUGUAUCUAAGAAAACAACCCCAAAGAUCGCAAAGAAAAAAGUUCAGAAUAACACUGAAUCCUUAAAUUUGUCCGAUUUAAAAGGAGCGAGUCGACAAAUUUAUGCUGAUAAUGCUAGCAGGGAAGAAGAAAAAUCUCCAGAAAAUACGAGUAAUAUUAGCGAUAAAACAAAUACAAAGAAAAAGGAAAAAGCAGAUGAAACUACUCCACAGAGAUCGAAAAAAAUAAAAAACAAGACCAGACAAGCAAAUAAAAUGACAGUUAAGUGUUUAAAAGGCACAAAUAAAGAACCACAUCGCAAAGAAAUUCCGUUCAAGAGAAACAUGAGGAACAAAAUAAAAAAGGAACGCCUGAGUGGCGAUGAACUUUCUAACAGUUCCGACGAAAUCAGUUUAGUUUCACUCUCUCAGCAAAGUUCAGAAAGACCCGAAGUCAAGAGCGAGAACAUCGAAUCGUCUCGUCAAGAAGCCGAUAAGCUUAAAAACUUUACGAAACAAAGCAUCAACAAGGCAAAAACAACCCCAAGGAAGCAGAAACCAACUGUUCAAAGCAAUUUGAAGAACACCCGAAAAAUGCUUAUGAUGAAAAAGAAAAUGUUGACUAAAGAUAAGGAAGAAAACAAAAUGCAUAAAAUGAAACUUCUUGGAUUAUGGAACGGACCAAGGCGACAUCGAGUGGCAUCUCUGAAUGCUCUUGCCAAAGUGCAUUGUCUCUACGAGAACGAAACUCGUAGUGCGUUUCUGGACGAUGCCAAAAAGGUGGUUUAUGUAAAGAAGGAAAAGGAUCCCGAACCAAAAGAAAUAGAAGAUUCUCCACCUCCCAUGAGAAAUCUUCGCGCUGCUCCACGUCUAGGAUCCGUAGGAAAACAUUGGGAUAUGCACGAAAUGUCGUCCUCCAGCUCUGAAGACAACGAUAGCGUGAUAGAACAACCGAAAGUUAAAGCAGUCCUGAAACGAAUCAAACAGGAAGCUGAAGUAGAAAGAAACGAAGAAAAACAAAAAACAGAGAAAAAACGCAGAAGGAAUAGAACUGAAAUUAUAAUGGAUCUCAAAGACAUGGUGGUACGGAAACGUAUGGCCAGUCUAAAUGCAACUGCUAUCCUAGCCGCCAGCUACUCCACCGAAAAGAAAUCUUCAAAAAGUUCUAAGAGUGACGACACCGACUCGAGCGAUUCCGACGAAUCUUUUGUCGUUAGCAAAAGCGAAUGUAAGAAAAUUGAAGAGGACAUUGUAAAAAAGGAGGAAGAACCUCAAGUGAUCGAACUUCGCGCUACACCCAACAAGAAAGUGUCUGUCAUAUUGAAUCAGGAUACUGACGUAACCAUCACCGGAGUUUACGUUAACAGUACGACCAGAUCAACACAUCACGAAGGAUAUUGCAGCAUAGCAGGCAUGCAAUACAGAAUAUCAGCCACGAGUCAUACUCAAACUGCAGCGGCAGCUAUGACCACUGAAAAUUUACUGCAGUCUCCGAGUGUGUCUGAAAAUAACAUUGAAGAAAAUAUUUCGCCUGUUUGUAAGUCGUACACCCCAUUAGGGGCACUGUCAAAUAUGAAGCCCCCGGGAGCGCCAGACAGCCAGCAUGGAAUGGCUCUGGGUCACUCUCCUCAUCAUCUCGGUCUUCCCCACAUGGUACCCGUAGGACCGUCGCAACACGGACCACCAGCACAUCUAUCUCCAGCAAACCGACGACACGUCGGUUGUACCAGCGCAUUCUCAGCUCCUCCAUCGGGACACUUUGGCGCGUCUCCUGGACAUCCGGUGGCUGAACAAGGAUACACUCACGGCUAUUAUCAGCCUGCUGGGCCGCUGAUAACCGCCCCUCCGCACGGGGGUCAUCCUCAGCAGCAGGUACCGCCAACUCUAGCCCCCACAAAAGCAGCACCGCUGUCGUCAGAGCCGUCGACGUCGCCCACGCCCCCACCACCCUCAUCCCAGCAACCGACGCUACGACCUCCACCCCCGUCUUCCGCAACCGAGUCAUCGGACAGUGAUGUAAUUAUCACAUCACCGCCGGUAGUAAAGGAAACCAUACCAACACAACCGCCGCCACCUGUUUCAUUUAGGUACAGUCAGUAUUCGUCACCCCACCAUGGAUAUUCCUACAGCUACACUCCUCAAUAUUACCCUGGUCCGCCACCUGCUCCUUCAUACCCACACCACGACCUUUGCUAUUCCACACCUCCCUAUCUACACAAAGCAUAUCCCACAGCUUAUCGAAGGUACCUAGCGCCCCCGUCAGGGGCGCAGUUCUUCCAAACCCCAUCGGAUAUCUAUAACCCGCCUCAACCAACAGCGAAUCCUCCAGGACAACAGAUGGUCGCCGCGAAUCCGGCCGCCAACGGUUCAUCAUAUCAGCAACCCCCAGGAGCGCAUCCUCCUUCAGCUCUUAUUGAAAGUUACGCCCCCCCGCCGACGUUACUAGAUCCUUAUGCGCCCCCAUACUACUCAGGAUACGGGCCGGCCCCUCCACCAUCCUGUUACACGCAUUCAACUCCCACGAGAACUAUCCCAUAUUUAAAUGCUGCUUACUCAAGCUGCCCAUGUCCUAUGCAGUCGUGUCCAAAAAACGUACAUGCUGGACCUCUUACUGGUGAUAGUAAGAGGUCUGUACACAUGUCCAUCGCCAAAGAUUCGCUUCCACUUCCACCGGUAGCCCUGGCGCUUCCACUGGAGCCAGUUAAUGCUACCGAUCCUCCUAGUCCAGCCCGAGGGUCUGCAGGAAUGCCACCACCUCCAUCACCUGCCGGCGCUACGUACCAACCACCUCCGCCAGCUCCGAAACAAGAAUCCAUUGGAACAACAGAGUAUAAACCAGCAGAAAAAUGUCGGAAAGCUCGCAUUGGAAAAAGCAUGGUCAGGAGCAAUAUUGCUGCUAAUUUUCCGGAAAAUACCAUGUUGCUGAUGUGUCAAGCACCCCAGCAAAAUGCGAACAUAGCCAAUGUAAAAAGAGAAAUAGAGAGCCCAGAACAAAAAAAGGAAGAAAAACUCGAUGAAGUAGAAUCUUCAGAUUUAAAACAUAUAGCAAACAAUGUCGAAUCCGUUAUUUUAUCGGAAGAAACUCUGAUAACUACUACAGAAACACAAAAUAAUUUUGAAAUGAACGUUAGAUCGACUGAGGUAGAUGUUAAAGAAGAAGAAAAGAGCGACAAAGAAAGUGAUGAUAACGUGAUCGAAGAAGAAUCUAAAAGACAGGAAGUUAAGGAUGAGGAGCUCUUACCGUGCGUUAAAACUGUAGCAGAAAAUGUGAAGAUGAAAAACAUGAAAAGAAAACUGUCCAUGUCAAAAGAAGUUGAGAAAGGGGAAGCUCCCAUUGUCUUGCCGUCUAAAAAGCCCAAAAUAGAUAAAGUAAAAGCCAAUGGUAGUUACAAAGAUCUGAUUAAGAAAAACGUACCGUGCGUAAAAAUCAACAACGGUAAACGUAAAUUAAUUACGGAUAGUACAUCGCCUAAAUUGGUCACCACAAAAUCGUCCAAGAAGAAACGUAAACUGGCCCUCUCAAAGGAUGAUUCAGUUGUCAAACGCACAAAACUGUCUAAACCACUGACAUCCAAUAAUCAACUCGUUAAUCCCAAAACCUUAAGGAAAGAAGGCAAAUACGUGAUGACAUGCUUCCUUUCCGAAUUAAAUGAGAACACGGAACCGGGAUCCAAAGUCGCCAAAAAGAAUUCCAAGUGUAGUGUAACAACCAAAAAGCUGGCACCAGUGGUGCUUGAUAAUUUAUUUGCUAAAAACAGUGUAGAUCGGACUAUUGAAUGUGUAGUGAGCAAUUGCUGGGAAAAUGGUUCACGGACAAUCAAAAAGUCUGAUGCGAACUCAAAAUCCACUUCCAAAUCAAAGUUCAUCAAGGCCGAAACAGAACCAGUGACGAUAAAAAGUACAAACGUUAAACCAUCAUCAGAUCAGUGCAAACAAAAAGUGCAAAAAGUAAAUUCGCGGAAAAAGGUAAAAUGUAAGGAGGAACCCCCAUUACCAUUAGCCAUCACGAAACCUCGUAAAUCGGCUUUACUACCCAGAUGGUCGAACGGGUGGACAUGGGCUGGAGAACCUUUCCAAGCCAAAGUAUUUCUUAAUAGUGACGAAGCGACGGUGGUAAGGACGUGCUAUCCAGCAAUGGUACAUGUCGAGGGCGACCGAAUAGAAGCUAGAGAUUGCGUAUUAUUGAAAGCUGGCCAGAAGAAAAACGAACUACCGUUUGUGGCAAAAGUUGCAGCUUUAUGGGAAAAUCCAGAAGAUGGAGAGAUGAUGAUGUCACUAUUGUGGUAUUAUCGACCGGAACACACGGAGCAAGGGCCUCAGCCUACUGACGAACACGAUGAAGUCUUCGCGUCCAGGCAUAAGGAUACCAACAGUGUGGCUUGCAUUGAAGAUAAAUGUUAUGUACUUACCUUUAAUGAAUAUUGCAGGUAUCGCAAAAACUUGAGAAGAUUAGAAGAAAAUCUGGAAGAAACGAAACCCUUUGUUCCAAAUCCUGAAAUAUAUCCACGGACUCAUAGACAACCGUCAAAUCCUCGAACUCCAUCAGAUUUAGUUUUCUUUUGCCGAAGGGUAUACGAUUUCAGGCAAAAAAGGAUUGUUAAAAAUCCCAGUUAAUUAAACAAAAAGAAAAAUGAUGAAAAUCAACUUCCAAUUCUACGUUUAAAACAAGUGAUCGGAUAAUAUUUUUACACCUGCAGAGAUUAAUUUUUUAAUGUUAAUUCUUCUUUUAGUGAGCUAAUGAUUAA